AUCGAAGACCUUCUUUGCAUAUGACAAUCCUUCUUAUGCAAUCCGAAGCUUUGCCCCAAUAACGAUGUCCCGACCCUUGGCUGCCAUCAGCCUGCUUCAGAAAUCUUUGAUCAUAAAUCCGAAGCUUUGCCUCAAUGGCAUACUUCCUCGAAAUUUAUUUUGAGAUGAUAAGGGUGGGGGUACCCAGGAAACACAAAAAAAGCUGACUUCGGGAGGGGCCGAGGGCGGAGGCAAAUACCAAACAUAUUCUUUAAGAACCUCUUCACUUCUCUCCCUCCCCCAUCCCCCUUCCGUUCGGGACUUUGAUGGAAGCUGCGCUGCGACGGCGGCAGCAGCGGCGGCGGCGGCGAUUCCUUUGAUGCUUACAUCCCGCUGGGGGGGGCACCGCCUCCGCGAAUCCCUCCUCCUCUCUACCCGACGGUCGCCCUUUCCUCCCUCCGUCGCCUCCGAGUCCAUCCUCGCGCCCUUCGCCUCCUCUUCUUCCCUUCUCCACCCACCCUUCGGACGAGAGGACAAAGCUCCACCUUGCGGGUUUCUCCUCUUCACCUCCGCCGCCGGCGCUCGCUUCUUUAGGGCUCUCGAUUCAUCCCUUAACCUCUCGAAAGCUUGUUCUAGGGAUUUCUCCUUAUCGGCGAGACCUUCUGGGAUCGGUUCUUCUGCUGCUCUCCUUUCAUUCUUUCGCACUUAUUCUCUUAGAGUUGCGAAGGUUAAAAGAGCCGAAUUUGAUGACACCAGCCAACGUGCAGUUACAACUGCAUUAUGGUGCAACUUUCUUGUCUUCUCUCUCAAGUUUGGGGUGUGGCUCUCAACUUCCAGCCAUGUUAUGUUAGCUGAAGUGGUGCACUCAGUUGCAGAUUUUGCAAACCAGGCCCUUCUUGCUUAUGGAUUGAAUAGCUCCAGGCGUGCUCCAGAUGCUCUGCACCCUUAUGGUUAUUCAAAGGAAAGAUUUGUCUGGUCUUUGAUAUCUGCUGUCGGCAUCUUUUGCCUGGGCUCUGGCGCAACAAUUGUGCAUGGAUUUCAGAAUCUAUGGAGCUCUUAUCCUCCUGAAAAUAUUUAUUAUGCUGCUUUAGUGAUUGGUGGAUCGUUCCUGAUUGAAGGUGCUUCUCUGCUUGUUGCCAUAAAUGCUGUCAAGAAAGGAGCAGCUGCAGAAGGAAUGAAGGUGUGGGACUAUGUUUGGCGUGGGCACGAUCCAACGUCAGUUGCUGUUAUGACAGAGGAUGGUGCUGCAGUUACGGGUCUUGCUAUUGCUGCAGCUUCAUUGGUGGCUGUUAAUACAACAGGAAAUGCAAUUUAUGACCCAAUCGGUUCUAUGGUAGUGGGUAGUUUACUUGGAAUGGUUGCUAUAUUCCUCAUUCAGAGGAAUAGGCAUGCUUUAAUUGGUAGGGCAAUUGAUGAUCAUGACAUGGAAAGAGUACUUCAGCUGUUGAAAUCUGAUCCGGUUGUAGAUGCCUUGUAUGAUUGCAAAAGCGAGGUAAUUGGGCCUGGAUUUUUUAGAUUCAAAGCAGAAAUAGAUUUCAAUGGCGUAAUGGUGGUGCAAAAUUAUUUGGAAAGAACUGGACGUGAAGAAUGGGCAAAACAGUUUCAGUAUCUUUUGCCUCAUAAAGUGCAAAAGCCUUGGAUGGUAGAACUACAGCGAGGCUGACAAAAACAGUAGGGUGCCUUUGGUCGUUCUGUGCGUGCUGCGUGCUUUUAGACCAGUAGAAUUCCUACAGGACAAUGUUGAGGUCUUCAGAGUCAUAUGCAAUGGAAUGCUGGACUAUAAUUUUAUAGGAUGCGUGUGGUGAUGACCAUCAUGGUUAAGGAUAUGGAGGAGGCCUUGACGCUGUACCAAGAUGAAAUGGCAAAGAAUCAAUAUAGCGUGGAUAUGUAGCAACGGGACACAAGGAGGUGUGUCAAGGAGAGGGUCGUAGAAUCCUAGCAAAGAGUCAUGAAAGAGGAUGAGAUAACCUACAAUAAUCUGAAAAUAACUCAUGACUUGUGAGAAACGAUAAGUAAAAUGUUGCAUAGACUUGGAAGUAGUGAAUUGUAUAGAAUUGUGAGGUGAAUUGCAAUUAGAUGGGAUGGUGCUUUGCGGCAAUUAUGAUUUCAUUUAUGUAAAGCUAUAUUAUAUAUCUAUAAAGAUCUAGAUUUAUUUUCUAGUUA